GAGGAACUUCCGAGCUCGAAUGCCCUCCCCUUCCUCCGCGGGCGACUCGACACAGCUCGGGGCUCUUGCGGUACCAUUUACGUGCUCCGACGCCACUCGUCCAGUGUUGCGAACUUGCGACGUUGAACUAGUGCUAAUUAAACCGACAGUGCCACUCAUGCCGCCACUCUCUGGUUUCGAGUCCAUGCCCGCUGAACUGCUCCUCAAGCUGACGCGCUAUUUGCCUCUGCAAUCUCUGCGAAACCUUCGAGUGACAUCGCGCUACCUGAACGACGUCAUCUCAAGCAACGAAUGGACGGUUUACCGCAAUGCGGCUCUAUACCACGCCUAUGCCUCGUCCGAGAGCGUAUCUCUUGCUGACGCGAAGGUUUCAAACAAACGGUAUCCGAUUCAGGAUGAUGCCUGCGACGAAUGGAAAGAAUACUGUCGACGAUGUUUUGUCCUGGACAAGAACUGGAUGGGCGUCACUCGUGUGGAGCCUGAUACGAGAGCGUACUGCGAAAGUAGCCGGGACGUUCAUCGGUUCAAGAUCGACGAAGAGCUCGGGCUGCUGUUCACAUCAAACCGAACCGACGCCAAAGCAGCCAUAUCCGUUACAGACCUCAGAACAGGCUGGCUUCUGUGGCGGACACCCUCGCAUUACGCUCGCCGUUACACACACGUCGAAUAUGGGCAUGGCUACCUCGUAUUUGAUCGAGCAGCCGGCCAGAAGGAGGUAUGGCGCCUGGCGGAUCAUGUAGACGAUUCCGUGUGCGUCUCUGCACCUGACGCAAGUCAGAUCAACGCAUCACGCAUUGCCGAACGUGCAUACGGCCGUAGCGGACGAGGUUGUCUUCGCCCAUGGACCGUCCUGACGACACCCGACGUCACUCGGUUUUAUCGCGUGGUCUAUCCAACUCUCUUGGCUGCCUCACAGAAUACCGCCUACUUAUGGGACUUGCCUUCCGCCACGCUGGUUCAGACGAUUCAUGGUCUCCAGGCGAGCCACGCUGGCAUGGAGCCACUCGGUGAGAUAUGCUACGUGGAUGUAAAUACACGGCAUGUCGUGCUCUGCGGUGAGAACGGGGUCCGCGUGGUCGGCCGUGAAGACAACACGGUCGUGCUCCACCUUUCUGGCCAAAGGGGCUUCGCGCGAACAGUGCUGAAGCCGGAGCCGACUCUGGGAUCCGACCGAAUCCCUUUGACGAUGUCCCUCAGACUGAGCAAUGCGCACUUGUCCGGGAGCGGCCGCGACCUUGCGUGCAUGCUAGCGGACGGGCGCCUUGUGCUGAUCCGCGACUUCGAGUCUAUUGCCGACGGGAACCUUUCCGUCCCAGAAGCUGUACUCGAAGUCGAUCUUACGCACGUGAAUAGUGCGGAUUCAGACGAGGCAAACCUACGUAACCGCAGUAGGGCCGGAUACUACCUUGCCUUCGAGCAGGGCCGCGUGGCUGUCGCAACGUCACACGGGUUAUACGUGCUAACGCUUGAUGCGCGCGAGCGUGGCUUGGCCGAAUCCCUCAGGCCAGCCACGUCCGACUCUAAGAACAUAUCCGACAACCUUGCGGCGCUAAGUCUGCAACACGUCGAAAACGGCGUGCCCUCAACCUCCGGACCCCCAUUGCUCAAUGCCGCAGACAUAGCCGUGUCAUGGCUCCCGCGCCUGAGCGACCCCACAGUACUCAGGGAGCUCGGCUGCGUGCAACUUUCCUCGACAUGUCUCUACGUCACUGGAGGGCCAACAGGAAAGUCUAGCGUAUCCGCGAACGUCUACCGGGACGACCCAGACUAUUACGAGCCUGACGUCAAGAAUUAUUGGACUGGCGGGCCGAUGUUCCCUCCGAGGUCGCCUCCGAGAGAUAUCGGAUUUGUUGUGUGUUGCGUUGAUUUCAGUGCUCCCGAAUCCCCUGAGAAUAGUUCAUGAACAUAUGAACGACUCAACAUUGUAUUCUCAAUCAGCCAUUGUCCUGUAUCUACACGGUUAUGUUGAGCAGUGAGCACAAAGCUCAGAUGAAUCGGUGACGGUACGAGGGUGAGGCAGGCGGGCCAAACUGGAC